AUGAAAUUGCUCAGCAUAGAUGAGAGGAUGGACCAACUUAGUCUCGUCCCCAUCCGCUAUAGAGUGUACGGCCCGACGGACCGUCGGAGUGUGAAAACACACGACGAAGAACACUCUAUAACGUCUGGUGCAUUUGAAUUUUUUUUGUCAUACUACGCACACAAGGCUACACACAUCCAAAUGCCUACGGAGUCAGGAUCUGACGUCACCCGACAUGAGGCGGCCCGAAUCGCAUCCCAAAAGCGGCUCCAAGAAGCGCGCGCUGCCGCAGAAAAGCAGAGAAAAUACAAUAGUGGGGCCACGCGACAAAGCGGCAUGGCAAUGGCAAACGCUUCGCCCAUCAAAUCUGAAUCAACUCCGCUGUACUUGCCAACGCCUUACAUUACGCGGUGGAUCACCUAUGUCGAACGGUUAUUUAUCAUGCAUAAAUGGGUGCAGGUGGGAUCGGAAGACACCGAAGUAGCGGGAUGGUACAGAUAUCAUAAGCUGAUCACCUGCUUACAUGCCCUUCCCAAUUUGGGGGUACUCCCCACCUACCCACCGUGGGAGCUGUAUCUCUUGAACUCAAUGAUCAAGGCAGCUUUGGUUGUAAAUCAACAAACAUUAGGCUGA